AACGUUUUGGAAGAGCGGGCUAAAAUACUCCUCAAGUCAUGACUGCAUUACUAUUUCACUAUUCCUGUAGUAAAUGUUGCUGUCAUGUCCUCAAUUGUAUAUAAAAUUACAAAAAUUAACGUUUCGUAGUGCAUUAGCCUAUCUUUACUAAAGCACGAGAAAUGAGCCGCGGUUAAAAAGUGUGAGAAGUUUGGACUAAGUGAUGAUCCUACCUGAACGAACUCUCGGGUUUCAUUCAAGACACACCAUGCGUCAGCAACAGCUGUCCUGCAGCGUGGACGGUCUCUGAGAAGGAGGAAAGGUUAUCAGCGAAGGCUUGAAAGAAGACUUACCACCGGGUUACUUGGCUUUUGUGGGAAUACAUUUUUUUGUUGUUGUUGUUGACAGGACAAGAAUGCCAAGAUGGUCGCCCUGCUCCCUCCCACAGGCACCGAAGUGUUUCGCCGCUUCACCCUUGAGUCGCUGGCGGAGAUCGAGAGGCGGAUGGCCGAGGAAGCAGAGGAGCAGGAGAGAAAAAAGGCCCUGAACAUUGAGGUGGCAGAGGAGGACCUGCCAAAGCCAGCCGUCGACCUGGAGGCCGGCAAGGCCCUGCCAUUCAUCUACGGAGACCCGCCACCUGAGCUGUUCAACACGCCUCUGGAGGAACUGGAUCCUUUCUACAAAUCACACAAAACCUUUAUCGUCAUCACCAAAGGGAAUACAAUCUUCAGGUUCAAUGCUGAGCCUGCCUGCUAUAUUCUAACACCCUUCAGUAUUCUCAGGAGAGGAUCCAUCAAAAUUCUCAUACAUUCAUUAUUUAGCAUGUUCAUCAUGUUAACAAUCAUGUCCAACUGUGUGUUCAUGACGAUGAGUGACCCUCCGGCAUGGAGUAAAACUGUUGAAUAUGUUUUCACUGGUAUCUAUACCUUUGAGGCAACAAUUAAAGUGUUGUCCAGAGGCUUCUGUGUUGGAGAUUUCACAUUCCUUCGAGAUCCAUGGAACUGGCUGGAUUUUAUGGUGAUCAGCAUGGCGUACCUCACAGAGUUCGUUGACCUGGGCAACGUGUCUGCCCUCAGGACGUUCCGUGUGCUCCGAGCCCUUAAAACAAUCACUGUAAUUCCCGGUCUGAAAACCAUUGUGGGCGCUUUGAUCCAGUCAGUGAAGAAGCUGGCUGAUGUGAUGAUCCUAACAGUGUUCUGCCUGGCUGUGUUCGCUCUGGUCGGCCUUCAACUGUUCAUGGGAAACCUGAAGCAGAAGUGUGUUUACUGGCCCCCUGUGGAAUGGCGUUUAAACUCUACCAACAUGGACAACAUCACUAUGGCCUUCAACGACACCAGUGGUUUUAAUGACGUUAUGGACUACAAUGGCACAAACAGCAGCAACAGUACGUGGGACUUCAAGGCAUACAUCGACGAUAAAGUGAACCAUUACUUCCUUCCUGGAAUGUUAGACCCUCUUCUUUGUGGAAAUGCUUCUGAUGCUGGAAAUUGCCCUGAAGGAUACACGUGUAUGAAGGCCGGAGGGAAUCCCAACUAUGGAUACACAAGCUACGACAGUUUUGGAUGGGCCUAUCUUGCCCUAUUUCGGCUCAUGACACAGGACUUCUGGGAAAAUCUAUUCCAGCUGACUCUUCGCUCAGCAGGGAAAACCUAUAUGAUUUUCUUUGUGGUGGUGAUCUUCCUGGGCUCGUUCUACCUGAUCAACCUGAUACUGGCUGUGGUGGCCAUGGCGUAUGCCGAGCAGAACGAGGCCACCAUGGCCGAGGCCAAGGAGAAGGAGGAGGAGUAUGCCAUGAUCAUGGUGCAGCUGAAAGAAAGGAGAGAAGCAGAGGUCAAAGAGAGACAUGACAGGCAUCAUGAACACCAUGAACACGCUGAAAUUGCUGGCAGUCAGACGUCACUGUCCGGUAGAACAUCUAAGAAAGAGAAAGGUGAAAAGGCAGAUGAAGAGGUUGCUGAUGAUGAGGCGUGUACGUCCUCCAGCCUUUAUAGCGAGGCUAUAAAGGACUCCAAUGGAGGCCUCAUGAUCAGUGCCAACGCCAACAAGGUCCUGACAGACCAGGAGUCUGCUGUUGUGUUGAAGAAGGCCAGUGGACCCAAGGGGAGUAAGGACCAGCUGGAAGUAGUAGGCCUGCAGAAGAAGACACCCAGUUCAUCCAGUGUCUACAGCCAAGAUGACAUGGACGAUUUGGAGGAGGAACUGAGACCUUGUCCGCCUUGCUGGUACAAGUGUUCAGACAUCUUCCUGAAAUGGAACUGCUGUGUGCCCUGGGUGACUUUCAAGAAGUGGAUGUACUUCAUAGUGAUGGACCCAUUCGUGGACUUGGGUAUCACCAUCUGCAUUGUACUCAACACCAUGUUCAUGGCCAUGGAGCACUACCCCAUGACACCAGAGUUUGAAGAAGUGCUAAGUGUGGGGAACUUGGUCUUCACAGGAAUCUUCACAGCAGAGAUGGUGCUGAAGCUCAUCGCCAUGGAUCCGUACUACUACUUCCAGGUCGGGUGGAACAUCUUCGACAGCAUCAUUGUGACAAUGAGCCUGGUGGAGCUGGGGCUGGCCAACGUCGAAGGUCUAUCCGUGCUACGUUCCUUCCGUCUGAUGCGUGUUUUCAAGCUGGCCAAAUCCUGGCCCACACUCAACAUGCUAAUCAAGAUCAUCGGUAAUUCAGUGGGCGCACUGGGUAACCUCACCCUGGUUCUGGCCAUCAUCGUCUUCAUCUUCGCUGUGGUGGGCAUGCAGCUCUUCGGCAAGAGCUACAAAGAGUGUGUCUGCAAGAUCUCCUUGGACUGCGAGCUGCCCCGCUGGCACAUGCAUGACUUCUUUCACGCUUUUCUCAUCAUCUUCCGGGUGCUGUGCGGAGAGUGGAUCGAGACCAUGUGGGAGUGCAUGGAGGUGGCCGGACAGGGCAUGUGUCUUGUUGUCUUCAUGAUGGUCAUGGUCAUCGGUAACCUAGUGGUGUUGAACCUCUUCUUGGCCUUGCUGCUGAGCUCCUUCAGCGGUGACAACCUGGCGGCUCCAGAGGAGGACGGGGAGAUGAACAACCUGCAGAUCGCCACCGGCAGGAUCACCAGAGGCAUUGACUGGGCCAAGGCCUACGUCAUCCAGCAGUUCUGCAUUAUCAUAGGGAAGCAGCCUAAGGAGGAUGGAGACGGGGCUGACGGUAAUGGGGGUAGUAAUGGGGAUGUGGACGGCCUCCCAAAGGGCAGCUUGGCUUUGAAAAAUAUAAUCUCCAGUGACAACCCAAAGGCUGAUUUGGAGCUCACAAUGCUUGACGUUUGGAUAGACGAUGUUAACCCAAGUGGAUUUCUUACAAAUGACAAUUUGACCCUGGAUGUACCUAUUGCCAAAAUGGAGUCGGAUGAUGAUGAGGAUGACAUCUCUGAAGAGGAAGAAGGAGAAGGUGCAAAUGGAGAUGCUAAAGAGGAUACUGAGUUAAAGAAACCUAUUGCACCGGACAAUGCCUCUUCAAUAUGCAGCACAGUGGACAAUCCCCCUGAAGUGGAAGAAGAGGAGGAAGAAGAGGCAGACACCACCAACCCUGAGAACUGCUGGACCGAGAAAUGCAUUGGACGAUGCCCGUGCCUUGAUUUUGACAUCACCGCGGGCAAAGGAAAGACUUGGUGGAACUUCAGGAAGACAUGCUUCCUCAUUGUGGAGCACAACUACUUUGAGACCUUCAUCAUCUUCAUGAUCCUGAUGAGCAGCGGCGCUUUGGCUUUUGAAGACAUAUACAUUGAGCAGCGCAGGACCAUAAAAAUCAUCCUGGAAUAUGCUGAUCAAGUCUUCACCUACGUGUUCAUUAUUGAGAUGCUCCUGAAGUGGGUGGCUUACGGAUUCCAGGCCUACUUCACAAACGCAUGGUGCUGGCUGGACUUCCUCAUUGUGGAUGUGUCUUUGAUUAGCUUAACGGCUAACAUCCUGGGCUAUGCUGAACUUGGACCAAUCAAAUCUCUUCGAACUUUAAGGGCCUUGCGGCCCCUCCGCGCCCUGUCCAGAUUUGAGGGAAUGAGGGUGGUGGUGAAUGCUCUGGUAGGGGCUAUUCCUUCCAUCUUCAACGUGCUUCUAGUGUGCCUCAUCUUCUGGCUCAUCUUCAGCAUCAUGGGUGUAAACCUGUUUGCUGGGAAGUACUACUACUGCUUCAACACAACGUCUGAGGAGAGGUUCUCUGCUGACGUUGUGAAUAACAAGACCGAAUGCUAUCAACUAAUGGAGGGUAAUGAUGACGUGCGCUGGAUGAAUGCCAAGGUCAACUAUGACAACGUGGCCAUGGGCUACCUCUCCCUCCUGCAAAUAGCAACGUUUAAAGGAUGGAUGGAUAUAAUGUAUGGCGCUGUGGAUUCACGUUUUGUGGAAGACCAGCCCAUAUAUGAGGAUAAUGUUUACAUGUACAUCUACUUUGUCAUAUUCAUCAUCUUUGGGUCCUUCUUCACCCUGAAUCUCUUCAUUGGUGUCAUUAUCGACAACUUCAACCAACAAAAAAAGAAGUUUGGAGGGAAAGACAUUUUCAUGACAGAGGAACAGAAGAAAUACUACAAUGCCAUGAAAAAGCUUGGUUCCAAGAAGCCACAGAAACCCAUUCCUAGACCCCAGAACAAAUUUGCAGGCCUUAUUUUUGACCUGAUCACCCAACAAUUCUUCGACAUCUUCAUCAUGGUGCUGAUCUGCCUCAACAUGGUAACGAUGAUGGUGGAGACGGACGGCCAGAGCAAGGAGAAGGAGGAUAUACUCUUCCUCAUCAACCUGGUGUUUAUCAUCGUCUUCACCACAGAGUGUAUCCUCAAGUUGAUUGGACUGCGACAAUAUUUCUUUUCUGUCGGAUGGAAUAUUUUUGAUUUUGUCGUCGUCAUUCUCUCCAUUGUUGGUUUACUGCUGGCGGACCUCAUAGAGAAGUAUUUUGUCUCACCUACCCUUUUCCGUGUCAUAAGACUGGCCAGGAUUGGUCGAGUUCUGAGACUCAUCCGAGGAGCUAAAGGCAUCCGGACACUGUUGUUUGCCCUGAUGAUGUCACUUCCUGCUCUCUUCAACAUUGGGCUCCUACUCUUCCUUAUCAUGUUUAUCUUCUCCAUUUUCGGAAUGUCCAACUUUGCGUAUGUCAAGAAGGAGGCCGGAAUAGACGAUAUGUUCAAUUUUGAAACUUUUGGCAACAGUAUAAUUUGUCUGUUCAUGAUCACAACCUCAGCCGGUUGGGAUGGUCUCCUCUCACCCAUUCUAAAUAGUAGAGCUCCGGACUGUGACCCGGACGUGGAAAAUCCCGGCACAGAUGUAAGAGGCAACUGCGGCAGCCCUGGUUUGGGAAUUUGUUUUUUCUGCAGCUACAUCAUCAUGUGUUUCCUUGUUGUGGUCAACAUGUACAUUGCCAUUAUCCUCGAGAACUUCAAUGUGGCCACAGAGGAGAGUGGCGACCCUCUGUGUGAGGAAGACUUCGAGAUGUUCUACGAGACCUGGGAGAAGUUCGACCCUGACGCGUCACAAUUCAUCGCCUACGACAUUUUGUCGGAGUUCUGUGACACGCUUAAAGACCCGCUCAGGAUCCCCAAACCCAACGCAAUCAAGCUGAUCACCAUGGACCUUCCCAUUGUCCCUGGGGAUAAGAUCCACUGUCUGGACAUCCUGCUGGCGCUGACCACAGAGGUACUGGGAGAGUCAGCGGAGAUGGAUGCCAUGAAAGAAAGCAUGGAGGAGAAGUUCAUGGCCAACAACCCCUCUAAAGUGUCAUACGAGCCAAUCACCACCACCCUGAGGCGAAAGCAGGAGGAGGUAGCAGCUGUUGUUAUUCAGAGAGCCUAUCGUAAGCAUCUGCUGAGACGUUCAUUGAAACUCGCCUCCUACAAGUACCGCGAGAAGAAAGCGUUAACCAAGGAGGACGAAGCGCCGCCAGAGACGGAGGGAAUGAUUGCCAUCAGGAUGAACAAACUGUAUGGAAGCCAACAAUCACUCGGAGUGGAUGAAACAGUUGUAGAUAUGGAUUCUCAUGAAAAACGGGAGAGCAAAGAACUGACAGAGACACAACCUCCUGUGGAGACUACUGAAGAGCCACUGCCUGUGGAGCUUCAGAACGAGAUCAUCUUGCACUCUGCCCCCUUUGUCAUCCCGGCCUCAAUCCAUAUCUCACAGCUGAAAGAGUCCGAUGUUUGAAUAGCUAGUGCAACCAAUGGAUAAACACUGCAUCAUCGUGGUCUUCUGUCUUUGACGAUGAGACUGCUUGUUCAUCUCCAAAGUCCAACUUUGGUAUGUUUGGCUUGGGUCAGAGACAGGGUUCUCGCUAACUAAGACUCUGAGGGACACAUUGAGCCCAGCCCACUGAAUCAAAGAGAUGAUGAUAGAACGAAUAUAGCAGUCAAUUUAAUUGAUGUUGAUGAUGAUAACCUGGAAUGUAUUGACUGAGAAAGCAUAGCUAUUGUUGGCAAGACAAUCACCAAAGCCUGAGCUGAAAGUUUUGGGCCCAUUUAUGGAUGUAAGCCCAGUUGUGGAAGCAGACCCCUUGUAAUAUAUAGUUGAGAUCAAUUGAGAAUGAAAUAGCCUAAGAGAUAGGUAGCAAUGUGUAAGAUAACAAUAAGUCAAUAAACCUCCGUCUCGCAAAAAUAUACCUUUCAGUCCCCUGAAAGUAAUUUAAUAAAUAUGUUCCUUUUCGUAUUUUCAUGCCUUUUUUUAAUUCAAGAUGUAUUCUUCCAAUCAAAUCUGCACUUGCAACGUUCAAUUGCAACAAAAAAAGGCGAACAAUGUUCUCAGCUGUAUCUUCAAAGUUGAAAUAUGACUCCAAAAACAGGAUUCUCAAAAUGUAUUGUAGUUUUUUCAUAUGAAAUUAUGACUUUUGGUACCUCUGUCAUUUUAACCGAAACUUUUAUUUCUGCCCUAUCAUUUCCCAAAUACCUGUACAAGAAUGUCAAAUAAAAAUGUUAAAUAUAUUUUUCAGUGAAUACAAUUGUAUUUUGAAAAGUUAUUAUUUGUUUGGUUUGACGUAUUUGGCCAACACUUUUGUGUGUUAAUUGUAAGGUAUUAAAGCAAAUACUCACACUGGGAUGUACAGUAUAUACAAAGUAUUUUAUAUAUUUUUUUACCCAAAAUAUAUUUAAUAAUAAAUAUGACCUGUGCCUUUAACAUAUUAAAUGAGAAAACACUUUAAUUAAUGAAGGUUUAGAAAACAGAUGGAGAAAUAAUUAGCAUUUGCAAUAAUCAACUAAUUCUGCUGAAUAACACUUAAUUUGUCAAAUUUUUACAAGGUCAUUUUUCUUUUAUUGUCGAAUUUCUUAAUUUUCUGUAUAUUUCCUUUGAUUUGAUUUUUAAGGUAAUUUACUUUAUUUUUUCUCAUUGUAGUAACACAAGUAACCUAACACAAGUACUACUAACAGUGUUCGGUUUUUAAUCUGCAAUUAUUUAUGGUAUUAAGCAGUAUGAUGAUAGAAAUGAAUAAUUACAUAUCUUCACAAUAGGUGCACAUGCUGAAAAUGUACUGGUCUGUUUAUUGGAACAUGGGGCUUUGUAACACCAGAGUUGUUGUUUUGAUUUUCACAAGGGGCACAUACUAUAUGUGUUAACUGAGUCGCUCCGGAUAAAAUCGUCAGCUAAAAUGACCAUACAAGUCUUAACACAGAAAUGUCUUAAUCAUGGGAAUGCAGUAGGACAGCACCUUGCAACAUCAUUUGUACUAUAGAAUGAAGCCUUGUUAGGAAUGCAGUUUAUUCAUUAGAAAGUGUCAUGUUAACUACUUUUUAAUGAUAUUUUAAUAUCAAUCUCACCUAAAUGUGUGUACAGUAUCUUACACAAUCUCUGUUUGGAGAGGCACAUUUGACUAUUGAUACUAAUACACUCCGAUUAGCGCAAUCAAGCACACUGUGAUUUCUUUGGAGACUUGUAUGAGAAACACAUGGAUUAAUUACACAUGCAUGGAACCAGCUUGAGUUAGUACUACAAUUCCUAACUGCACCAUCAAAUGUGUGUCCGUUUGCGUUUUGAAAACAGCGUGUGGAGGACAAUUUAGAUCACAUAUAUACAUGUUCUAUUUAUUUCAGUGAUCCAAUAAUUCUAACCAAUUAGCAUUUCAUUACAAGGGGGUCUUGAGUUUGAAUUAAGGACACAUACUAAGUUAGCUUACUAAGUUAGCUUACACUGCUUACAUUUUGUACAAGCUCUUCCAUGUUUGUUAAGCCAAGUGUGCCUAUAUGUCAGUGCUACCUACAACAGCAGUUCAUCCACAGGUGAGAGGGGUUUGCCUCUAAAUCAGGUUCUAUGCACAGUGUGAACAUUCAAGCAGAGGACCUUGGAAUUGUGAAAUGUAAAUGACAUAUAUAUCAUGCACCAUUGUUUACAAAAACUAAUACUGUGUGAAAGAAAUAGAGAAGGAUGUCAUAUUGUAUUUUUUUCUUCCUGAGGCUGAAUGCGUGCUGUCAGCGUUGCCUGUAAAUAUUGUAUGUUCAAUGCUCAAUUGUGGAGUUUUUUGUAGAUUGUAUUAUCGACAUAAAGAGCAUUUCAUUCAUGUAAUGAUAAACUAUAAAUGCAAAUACACAGCGGUACAUAUUGUGCUUUAAAGCUUUACUUUCUAACAAUUCUAAUACAUUUCAAAUAAAAAAAGAAAUAUGGU